AUGGCUGGAGAUAAAGAAGAUUUGCCAAGAGGGUUAAGUUUGGAACAGGCACAGGUUAUGGGCUUACAACGAUCUCAUGCUGAGAUUCGGGAUGAAAUGACUGGAAUUCAUGAACAGUUGAAUACCCUUAUGCAAAUGAUGCAAAGAAAUAAUUUGCAACCCCAACAAAGGCAGGCACUUAGGGUGCCACGAAAUGAUAUUAUAGGAGCUGAUGAAGAUCCAAAUGGGGAUGAUGAGGCGGACGAUAGGGGUAGACCAAGAAGGCAGAAUUAUAAUCCUCCUAAUGAUCUCAAACUUAAGAUUCCACCGUUUAGAGGAAGUAGUUCACCCGAGGAAUACUUGGAGUGGAUUCAGAAGGUUGAAAAGGUGUUUGAAUGGUAUGAAUAUUCUGAAGAAAGGAAGUGCAAGGUGGCAACACUUGAGUUUACAGAUUAUGCUCUUUUAUGGUGGGAAAACUUAAAGAUUCAGAGGAGAAGGACUGGAGAAGAGGAGAUUACAACGUGGGCAACUAUGAAAAGAGUGAUGAAGAAGAGAUUUGUUCCUGAUUACUAUAAACAGGAGCUAUACAUCAGACUUCAAACUUUGCGACAAGGAUCUUUGAGCGUGGAAGAGUAUGUGAAAGAGUUUGAGUUGCUGCUGAUUCGAUGUGAAUUGAUGGAACCCCAAGAGCAAACAAUAGCUAGAUUUCUUGGAGGGUUGAGGAAGGAUAUAGCUAAUGUUGUUGAAUUACAGCCGUACAUCUUCCUUGAGGAAGUUAUAAAGCUUGGCAAGGAGAAGGUGACAGAACCUCAACAUCCUAGGAGGUCUCGGGACAUCAAGUGCUUCAAGUGCUUAGGACAUGGGCAUAUUGCUUCGGAAUGUCCAAAUAAAAGGGUUAUGAUUUUGCAUGGAGAUCAUGGAGAGUUGAUCAGUGGAGAUGAGGUUGAAACUGAAGAUGAAGAUGAGGAACAAGUGGCUGAACAAGAGGAGGAUUUCGAACCAGUGAAGGGAGAUUUGUUGGUUGUACAACGGGUUCUGAAUGCACAAAUUGACGUUAGUGAUGAGCAACGCGAGAACAUCUUUCAUACUCGAUGUCAGAUUCGAGAUAAGGUGUGUGGAAUGAUCAUUGACAAUGGAAGUUGCACUAAUGUUGCGUCAACUACCUUGGUGGAGAAAUUGGGUUUAACUACCCUUCCGCAUCCCAAGCCAUACAAUUUGCGAUGGCUGAAUGAGAAUGGGGAGAUUCGGGUGACAAAGCAAGUCCGUGUACCUUUUUCCAUUAAAACCUAUCAUGACGAGGUUUUGUGUGACAUUGCACCAAUGUCAGCUAGCCAUUUGUUGUUGGGUCGUCCAUGGCAGUUUGAUAAGGAUGUGACCUACAAUGGACGAAAGAACACUUAUUCUUUUAUGCUGAAUGGAAAGAAGGUGAACUUGUUACCAUUGAGUUCUCAACAGGUUAGGGAGGAUCAGAUACGAAGCCAACAAAAGGAGGUGAAAUCACGUAAGGGGCUGUUGUUAGCCAAAAAAGGAGACAUCAAACAAGCCUUAGCUUUGGAAGCAAAAGAGAUUCAAAGGCAAGUUGGUGAGCUCUUAGAGAAGGGCUAUGUGCGAGAAUCACUUAGUCCAUGUUCCGUACCCACUUUGCUUGUACCGAAGAAAGAUGGUACCAUGAGGAUGUGUAUGGACAGCUGCGCUAUCAACAAAAUAACAGUUAAGUAUCGAUUUCCUAUACCCAGGCUUGAUGAUUUGCUUGAUGAGUUGCAUGGUGCUGCAUUGUUUUCUAAAGUCGAUUUGAUGAGUGAUUAUCAUCAAAUUAGAAUGAAAGAAGGAGAUGAAUGGAAAACAGCAUUUAAAACUAAACAGGGGUUAUAUGAAUGGAUGGUAAUGCCGUUUGGGUUAUCUAAUGCACCUAGUACAUUUAUGAGGCUGAUGAAUCAUGUUUUAAGGAAGUAUAUUGGGUUGUUUGUUGUAGUAUAUUUUGACAAUAUCCUGGUGUAUAGCAAGACCUUUGAUGAUCAUGUGAAGCAUCUUAAAGUUGUGUUUGAAACUUUACAAGAUUCUAAGUUGUAUGGGAAACUCACAAAGUGUUACUUCUGUAAAGAAAGUGUCGUGUUUCUUGGAUAUAUUAUCUCUAGCAGGGGAGUUAAGGUUGAUGAGGAGAAAAUUAAGGCAAUUCGGGACUGGCCAAAACCUGUUAGUAUUGCUGAUGUGAGGAGUUUCCAUGGUCUAGCUUCUUUCUAUAGGCGAUUUGUGAAAGACUUCAGCUCUAUUGUUGCUCCUAUGACAGAAUGCUUGAAAAAGGGGAACAACUUUAGAUGGAGUGAAGAUGCCCAGAAAGCUUUUGAGCUAAUUAAGGAAAAGUUGUGUACUGCUCCAGUUUUAGCACUGCCAGACUUUGCUAAAACAUUCGAAAUAGAGUGCGAUGCUUCCGGAGUUGGAAUUGGGGCUGUCUUGCUGCAAGAAAAGAGGCCGAUUGCAUUCUUCAGUGAAAAGUUAAAUGGAGCUCGUUUGAACUACUCUAUUUACGACAAGGAGUUUUAUGCUUUGAUUCGGGCUCUAGAGGUAUGGCAGCACUACUUGUUGCCUAAAGAAUUUGUUAUACAUACUGAUCAUGAAUCCUUGAAAUAUCUUAAGGGGCAAAGCAAGCUAAAUCGCAGACAUGCUAAAUGGGUGGAGUUUAUGGAGUCAUUUCCUUAUGUCAAAAAGUACAAGAAAGGGCAAGUUAAUGUGGUUGCUGAUGCUCUUUCUAGGAGGUUUGCACUGAUCUCUAUGUUGAAUACAAAGCUGAUGGGUUUUGAACAAGUGAAGGAACAGUAUGCUAAUGAUUCCUACUUUGCUAAUGUGGUUGUCGAAUGUGCAAAGGGAGCUUGUGAUGGGUUCUUUAUGCAUGAAGGUUACUUGUUCAAAAUGGGCAGAAUGUGUAUUCCUUCAGGAUCGUUACGGGAAUUGCUUGUGCGAGAGGCUUAUGGUGGUGGUCUUAGUGGACAUUUUGGGGAGAAGAAGACUUAUGAGCUGCUGAAAGAACAUUUUUUUUGGCCUAACAUGUUAAGGGAUGUGCACAAGGUGAUUGAAAGAUGUGUUAUUUGCAAGAAAGCUAAGGGUAAAGAGAAUGCAUAUGGACUGUAUAUGCCAUUGCCUAUUCCAGAGCAACCAUGGAUGGAUGUUAGCAUGGACUUUGUACUUGGGUUACCAAGAACACAACGUGGAAAGGAUUCAAUAAUGGUCGUGGUUGAUCGAUUCUCCAAAAUGUCUCAUUUCAUUCCUUGCAACAAAACUGACGAUGCAGUACAUGUUGCUGAUUUGUUCUUUCAAGAGAUUGUUCGUUUACAUGGAGUUCUUAAAAGCAUUGUCUCUGAUCGUGAUACAAAGUUCUUAAGCCACUUUUGGAAGACUCUUUGGAGGAAGUUUGGAACGAAGUUACUUUUCAGUACAGCAUGUCAUCCACAAACUGAUGGACAAACUGAGGUUCGAUUACAUAUUGAGGAGAAAACGACAAAGUAUGCUAAACAAGCUAACAAGGGGCAGAAAAUGGUUAGGUUUGAACCUGGAGAUCUUGUUUGGAUUCAUAUUUGCAAGGGCAGAUUCCCAAGCAAACGUAAGUCCAAGUUGAUGCCAAGAGCUGAUGGUCCAUUUCGAAUUAUAGAGAAGGUGAAUGACAAUGCAUAUAAGGUAGAUCUUCCUAGUGAUUACAAUGUAUCAGCUACUCUUAAUGUGAAAGACAUGACUCCAUACUUGGAUGACGAUGACGAUGACGAUGAUGAUUCUGAUUUGAGGACAAAUCAUUUUCAUCCCAGGGCUGAUGAUCCAACAGGCCCCAAGCGCCAGGCUGGAGGCGCGCCCCCUGGGUGCGCACACGUGGUGCUUGGACUGCCUACCUGGGGGCUGGGCACUCACAGCCCACACAUGGCGUUUGGAUUGCCUACCUGUGCGCUGGUAGACCAAGCGAACAAGUGGCGCUUGGACUCCUGCCUCAGUGCUAGGCAUACCCCUGCACCCACGUGGCGCUUGGGAUACAUGUCUGGGGAUUGGGCACAUCCUAUGCACACAUGGUGUUUGGGAUGCCUACCUGGGGGCUGGGCACCCCCAGCGCACACGUGGUACUAA